CAUCUCGCAUCGCUCAGUUCGAAUCUGGCAUUCGACGUGGGAAGACUUGAAGAUUUUAGGUUCAUCCUGCACCAAAAUGGGCAAAAUCGUGCUGUACACCGCCAAGCUGAGUCCUCCGGGACGUUCCGUUGAGCUGACCGCCAAGGCUUUGGGCUUGGAUCUGGACAUCAAGCCGAUCAACCUGAUUGCUGGAGAUCACCUGAAGCCGGAAUUCGUGAAGCUGAACCCCCAGCACACGAUUCCGACGAUCAUCGAUCAAGACGGAACGGUGGUAUACGACAGCCACGCGAUCAACGUUUACUUGGCUACGAAGUACGGAAAGGACGACAGUCUGUAUCCGGAGGAUGUGGCUACCCGGGCCAAGGUUAACGCUGCCCUGCACUUCGAUUCCGGGGUUCUGUUCGCCAGACUGCGGUUCUACUUGGAACCCAUUCUGUACUACGGUCCGGCGAAGCCCCAGGACAAGAUCGAGUACCUGUACAAGGCGUACCAACUGCUGAACGAUACCCUGGUCAGCGAUUACAUAGUUGGCAACAAGCUCACCCUGGCAGAUCUGAGCUGCAUUGCCUCGAUCUCCUCGAUCCAUGCCAUUUUCCCGAUCGAUGCGGCCAAGUACCCGCAACUGGCCGCUUGGGUGGCGCGACUUGCCAAGUUGUCCUACUACAAGGCCACCAACCAGGAGGGCGCCGAAGAGCUGGCUGCUCUCUAUCGUGCCAAGCUGGCGGAGAAUCGCCAGUAGGAAGAUUCCAUGGCAUUGUAAUGAUUUAGCAAAAAAAAAAUGGCAAUAAAAAUUUCGUUUGUCUCGA